AAUGUUCGUAAUCGUUAUAUGUACCUACUAUAUGCAUCUAUUACCUAGGUCUGUAAUUAAUACGAGGCCUCUUACCGGUAGAACCGGGACUAUAUAAACAUAUCUACCUAUACGUAGUAUAUUGUAGACAUAAACAAGAAUAUAAAUAUUGACAAAAUAUCUCUAUACUUUUUACAUUCUUCAAGACUUACAAAAACACACCUAUAUAGGUAUAUAUACAAUACAUAUACCAAUCUAAACAGCGCCAGUGAGAUACAUACAUACACACACACAUACACCAUGGACCAGCUACGACCACUAGGCCGCAGCAUCGACGAUGUCUUGCUCCCUACCUUCGGCGCCUACGCACAAAACCUAAUCGCCAAAGAAAAGGAGAUCCGGUCGACACGGCAGGAGACUCACCCCUACGGCUUCGCGCCCCGUCACAAGCUAGACGUCUACUACCCGGACGCGAACAAGAAGCCCGACGCAGCGUUCCGCGCUAAGCCCGUGCUCAUCUUCUUCUACGGCGGCGGGUUCGUGACCGGCAACAAGGUGAACCAGGACUACGCGCACAGCCUCGUGUACGCGAACCUGGGCCACUACUUCGCGGCGCACCACGGCUUCACCGUCGUCAUCCCGGACUACCGCCUCGUCUCCCACGGCGCCAAGUAUCCCUCCGGCGGCGAGGACCUCAAGCUCGCCAUCGACUGGGUCGUCCAGACCCUCACGAAGCAGGCCGGCUACGAGUCCAUCGACCUGUUCGUGCUGGGCAACUCGGCCGGCGGCAUCCACACCGCGACCUACCUCCUCGACCCGGCGUUCAAGGAGUCGCGGGCCGCCAUUACGGCGCAAGAGCGGUCGGGCCCGGGCGUCCUCCUCCGCGCCAUCUUCAUGCUCGGCGUCCCCUUCCACUGGGGCAGCGAGGACAACGCGGUCCUGCGCACGUACCUGGGCGAGGAGGACGGCAAGAUCUGGGCGCACUCGUCCCUAGGUGUUCUGGAGAGUGAGAAGAAGAAGAACAACGGCGCGCCGCCGCCGAGCCUUCCGGGGACCAAGGUCAGCGUCCUCGUCAGCGAGCUGGAUCCGGAACUCAUGCAGGAGUCCGGCAAGCAGUUCCAGAAGGAGUGGGAGACGGCGAAUAUCACGUACGACGUGCUUGAUGGACACAACCACAUCAGCCCGCAGCUGGGGCUCGGCACGGGCAUCGAGAAGGAGGAGGCGUGGGGGGCGCAGGUUGCGGAGGUUUGCAAGGCUAGUGCUACGAAAUGAUUUUGGUGGAAGAACGAAGGAAAUAAAGAAAAGGCAUCUAGCAAGGCUCGUGUAAUAUUAUCAUCUCUUUAGGUAGUAGAUUGGUAUAUAUAUAUAUGUGUGUGUGUGACGAUGAGAAG